UUUUUUUUUUUUUUCCUUUUUGUUUUCGCGAUCUGUACAACGCAUCGCUUCAUACCAAAUUUCACUACUUUUCUUUUUUGAGUUAAAAUUUCGUUCCGUUAUGUUAUAUUAUGAAACACCCACUUUUUAUUUUUUAAUUUUGAAGAUCUUUUCGAUUUGGGUUUUGGUGUGGACUUGAGUUUCUGUCACUGUCUUUGGAAUCUAUCUAUUCUAAUCCCUUCUUUUUUUUGUUUUGUUCAUAGCUUUGUUUGCCUGAAAUUUUAGAUCGGGGGUUUUACUUUCCGAGAAGGGGUUUUUUUUUAUGGGGUUGUUGGGUUCAUAAGUUUUUGAACCCGUGAGCGUUGACCCAGUUGUGAAAUCGGAGUUUCGAGUGAGAAUUUUUCAUUGGGGGUUCAGAUGAAUUGGAUUUCUGAGAUGAGUCGAUUCAGAAAUCGCAAAUCUGGGUCCGAUUUUUGGUGUAGUUGAUAGGGUAAAAUUUCGAUUGGAUUUGUAGUUAGUGAGAGUUUUGAACUAUGGAUAUUGGCGAUUCUAAGGAUGUUAAUGGCUGUAAAGAGAAGACUAUGGACUCUGCAGCUGCCGGAGAAGUUGGGGAUCACAGUAACGGCGAAGAAUACAGUGAAUCGAAUGCCCUAUUGCCGCCGCGCCGCGGUGGAAUGUCGAGGAAAUUGAAUAAGCCGAGGAUGAAAGUUCGGUGGAAUGAUAGUAAUGGUAAUAACCUAGCAGAGAUUUUGGAGUUUCAACCAAGUGACGUGAGCGACUCCGGUGACGAGGAGGCUGAUUCUUGCAGCUGUAUAAUCAUGUAGAUUAUUACAUCAGAUAUUAGUAUAUAAUGACAAGAACAAUGUGGUUUCUUUACGACUAAACUGAUAAUAAUUGGAGAUGUUUCUGACUUUAUACCGGAUUGCUUUGCUGCUACGCCCACUGCCAGAAACGUUCAAAGAUCGGUUCAUUGAUAUGUCGUUACAUCAAGCAGUUUCUGGCGAUGUGUCCCAGUGACAUCUUGUACUGUUUCGGUUUUUCAAAUUAGUAAGAUGACCUUCCAGGUGACAAUAUACUAUAUGGAUGGAUGAUGCUGAUAUAUAUUGAUAUUAUUAAAUCAAACAUUCAGAUUAGUUGAGCUUUUGACAGUGCAAAUGAUACAUUGUGUAAUGCAAACACUUGGAAUUUUUCAUAUACCCAUCAUGAAUUCUAGAGCUUCUCUUCUCUA